AUGGCUCGCGCACUACUAAGCCCUCGACGAAACGAGCUCACUGUAUCGACUGGUGGUAGCUCGGACUGGCGGUCUUUGGACGACGAGCUGACUGGGACUGGGCCAGACGCGGAUGAAGGCAGCGCAUCUACAGGGCAGAAACUUGCGGACGGCUUUGAAAAAGAUUAUGCGAUUGAUAUUUCAUCUUUACUUACGCCAAAACCACUAAAGCCCUUUCGCAAUUUACCCAAUGAUUUUAUUCCAAACAAAAGGACAAAUAAUCAUACAUCAAACUCGCGUACGGAAGGGUAUUCCAUUACUGCCCAAGGCACCAAAUCCAAGAUUACCCCCAAGGACUCCAAGGAUUUAAAGGCAGCGCGUUCCCAAGACUCUAUACCACACGACCUGAAGCGUGAAGGACCUUACCCUUUAUACCCAUCACAACCUACCUCUGAAAUUAACAUCACUGCCGAAUUACGAAAACUCUGGGAGGGACCUAACAAAAGACCGCGUACAUUUCCCGAGCCAUUAGGUGAAUAUAUAAAACCCAACAUUAAAGGAUUACAUAGUCCUAAUGACCGACCUCGAUUUCAUGAUACAACAAAGACCAAAACCAAAAGGGUUAUUCCAGAGUCCCCCGCGGGACGACGUGGCUCUAGCAGAUUUGGCACAUAUCCAAAACACAGCGGUGGAGUACGCGAUAUUCCAAGAACAUACGGACACUUUCAUCCCAGUCCUCCUCUGUCACCUACAAGCUCUGAUGUACUGUAUGGUGAUAGGAAGAGCUCAGUCAUAAAUACUUCAACGGGUAAUUUCCCAGACUGGCCUUGCGAGUCAAAAAGGGCGUCAACAUCAAAUCCGAAUCUUCCGCUAUCACCUGCUGCCUCAGAUGGCCUUGAAAGUGAUAGGACAAGCUUACUCGGGUCGCCAACCCGGUCUUUCGGUGUACCCGAUAUGUCCCGGAACAGUCUUCAAAGUUGGGAUCUCAACUAUGGUAGUUCAAGGGCUGCAUUUAAGCCACCAGCCAAGCUACUCGAGACUGAUACUACACUCUUAGAUUUUGUGGGCGAUAAGCCCACUAAACAGGGCUCGAGAUUUGCUCCAAAAGAGAGGCCUCCUUUGCGUGACCUUUCCAGUAACGGGUUGAAGACAAGGGAUGCUCUUAGGAAAGAAGCUCAGAUACGCUGUGCUAGUAUUGCAAGCUCACAAAAGGAAAAUUUCCAUCCACGGAAAACACCUGAAUACCUCUACCAAAAUGGCCGCCAAGGUGGAAGAGAGAAUUUUCCUAGAAACGCUUUCAAUAACUUCGCAGAUUUUGCAGAUGCUCUUUCAGAAAGCCAUAAGACUACUAGAAGCCCGACUUCUGGUAGUGACACAGGCCGCCUUAGAAAACAAACAACCCGCUUCUACCAAAAGAAAUCGAGCGGUAACGAAGAAUUUUUACCCUCAGCGGAUGUCACCUCGAAUAUAGAUACGGACCUUCACAUUGAUACAAGCGCUCUUCUGCAUGGCCUAGAAACACAUUUCUUGCCAUCCAGGGUAUCUGGUACCGCUGCAGCUGUCUACCGUGCCGGAGAUAAACGGCGCCGCUCCAUGCCAAAGGCUGCUCGAUUCUCUCGAUCUCGCCACUCUGCUGCUUCAAUCACCGACUUUCGGCCUGGGGAUGCGGAUCUAACAUUGACGGUCUCGACGGGAGUUUCGUCUGUUCAGCUUGCCCAGGGAGCCACUGCAGGGGAAAGUCACUCCAUAGCAGAUAAUACUGCUCAUAGGGACUCUGUGAACCCGUUGAACCUGGUUUUUGACCUUCAAUCACGCUUGAAAUGUUUAGAGGUAGAAAGAGAGAGGUUGAACCGGAAUAUGAAACGACUAAAUCGUGAGAAUCUUGCACUCUCUGAUAGAGUCCAGGUUUUGGAAGCCGCCAAUUCCACCGCGGGUGUAAGAAUUGGGGAACUGAGCGACGAAAAUCUCAGCAUGAAUAACUUCCUUCGAUCUCUUGGAAAGAGCACAAGGGCCGAAGACAGGCAAGCACAAACAUCAAUCAGUAAUGCGACAGACCUGCGUGACCGGGAGGCUAUGUAUGAGAAGACAUGCCUUCCCGAGGAUGACCACAAAUCCAUCGCAGGGAAAUACACUUUCAAACAGGCUGAAAGAGAAGUCCUGGGAGCUCGAGACCUGUUCAGUAAUACGCCAAACACAGGGGAAGCCGGCCCUCCUACCUCCACUUUAGGCGAAGCACAUAUCGAUCACACCGUAUUGACCCUAGUCGAUGACCAUGAAGUAGAAGAUCUGAGAAGAAACCUGGAAGCCGCACGGUUAGAUCGCGCAAUGGGUAACACCUACCGCAUAUCUACCGUCAAUUACGACAUCUCCAUGCCUCCUCUAUCUCAGGUGCUUGCAAGCAUCGGUGUUGGAGCCGAAAAAGAUGACCCCGACCCUUCUACCUCUGAAGAGGAAGACAUGUCCACAUUACCUCCAAUAAAAAAUUGGGUACGACGUGGGUUAUAG